GUUCAUCGCCGUCGUCGUGUCAGAAAGAGCCUCCCUCAUACAGAAAAGAAGAAAGAGCCGUCGUCGUCCCUCCCGUCGUCAUUCAUCUCGAACUUCGGUCGUCGUCAAUCAAGAGAAGAGAAAAAAAAGAUCUCCAUUGGAAAGUGCUUUUUUCGCGGAGUUUUCAUAGGAUUUUCUACGUAGAAAUCGCAAUCCUUAAUUAGUGCGGUGUGUCGCGAAGUGAUUUGCGGCGGUGGUUAUCCAGAUUUCGAGGGAAGAGUCGGUGUGUAUUGCGAAGAAAGAACACGGAGCGAAUACCAUUACAAAGUGGAAGUGCUGUUCGGAAAAUUAAUCAGCCCAAAAGUCUCCUCUUUUGUGUGUUUGUGGAUUAUCGGAACAGGAAUUCUGCCUGCAAUAAUCGACGUCGCAUCAACCUAGAGGAAGGAAGAAGGAAAUGUCCGCAUCCGCGAUGAGUCCCGAAUACGAUUACCUGUUCAAACUACUGCUGAUUGGCGACUCGGGAGUUGGAAAGUCUUGCCUUCUGUUGAGAUUUGCGGACGAUACAUACACGGAAAGCUAUAUCAGCACAAUCGGUGUAGAUUUUAAAAUUAGAACAAUUGACUUGGAUGGCAAAACAAUCAAACUGCAAAUUUGGGACACCGCCGGCCAGGAGCGCUUCCGUACGAUAACGUCGUCGUACUACCGGGGCGCGCACGGUAUCAUCGUGGUGUACGACUGCACCGACCAGGAGUCGUUCAACAACGUCAAAACGUGGCUGGAGGAAAUCGAACGCUAUGCCUGCGAGAACGUCAACAAGCUGCUGGUCGGCAACAAGUGCGAUCUGCAGACGAAGAAGGUCGUCGACACGACCACGGCUAUGGAAUAUGCGAACCAGCUCGGCAUUCCAUUCCUGGAGACGUCCGCCAAGAACGCCACCAACGUAGAGCAGGCAUUCAUGACGAUGGCAGCGGAGAUCAAGAAUCGCGUCGGGCCGCCGUCGAGCGCCGCGGAAGCACCCAGUGCCGUCAAGAUCGACAAAAGCCGCAGCGUCGAGUCCAAGUCCGGCUGUUGCUGAACAGCUUUACCUUUGUUGUUCUCAGUUUCUCUUGUAUAUUUCCCCCCAACAAAAAAUGAGAUGGCGUUUUGCAGUAAAGAUAACAACAACAACAAGAACAAUAGGCUUGUCUGCUUCUUCUGAUGAACUAAAAAAAAUCUAUUGUGCACUACAAUUACUACUACAAUUACCUAGUAAUCUUAUAUUGAAAUACUACCAACUUAUUACACAACACUACCGAUAUCCGAUUCUUCAUUCGAAAUCAAAUCAGAAAGCGAAGCCCCUUCCUUCCUCCGGUAGCCAUUAGAAGAGACACGCGUAGUUUAUGCACUCUGGGCGGACGGACAAACGGAGGACCAUUUCAAUCAUGUUGAGAACACAAACACACACAGAGAGACAGCGGACAGUAAGCAAAGAGGGAUAACCAGUUUAGUGUAUGAUUUAACCCAAGAUCUAUUUAGCAGCGAUAGAGAAAGCAAGUUAUAGCAAAGCGAGAAAAUGGGAAAAGAAAGGUGAAGUAACGUGCUAGUAUAAGGAAAAUAAUUAUUCAUUAGAGGAAAUACUUUUACUAGAAAGAACCAACCAAGAAGAGGAGGGAUAUGAAAUAAUGAUUAGAAGAUUCCAAAAAAAAAAAAACAAGAAUUAAAAGAGAAGCAAAUAUUUGUAACGAAUGCAAUCGCUUGAAAUGAGCGAUCGAAUAAAAGGGCAACACACACACAUGAUGCAGACAAAGAAGAUGCAGAAGCAGACACUCACACAAGGCGGUAAAGGUUAAAUAAAUUCGCAAUUUCGAUUAAUUUCUGGCCAAACGGACCUAUCAGCAGUUGAAGUCCCCCAUGGGGUCGUUAUUUUCCGCUGAAAGAAUGCUUGAGCUCGAUUUUUCUUCACGUUGCAUCAAGUCGUUCACCACAAAGGCAAAGGCUUCUGGCAAACAAAAUUUGCAUUAUUCCACACUUAGAUAGUAGGUAAUAGUGAAUCAUCCGUUUCGUCCUCUUGAUCAAGUUUUCUACAGCUAACGAAAAAAAAAACUUUAUUAUGAUUGGCUUUUUGUCUGUGAACAGUUGUAACUCUAACGAAGUCCGUGUGUACGGAAGGGUACGGUUCUAGUGCACGUAUUGGUAACUAAAAAGAUGUGCAAACAGGUUUUAGAAGCCUUAUCAAUUAGAUUAUUUCCGUAUUAUUAUCACACAAGUGAAAAGUACCCGUAGCCCUCUUCCUACUUCUUUUCUUUGUGUCUUAUAUUUUUAGUUAGGCGAACGCUAAUUGGAGAAAGAAAAUAUAUUGGAUUGGAUGUAUUUAUUCGUUUAAUAGCUCUUCAUUCAAAUAGGAAAAACAUAUGAUUAAUCCCCGCCUUCUCCACCCACAGAAGCAAUACCCGUUUCAUCAAAUCAAAACUCCAAAUCAAAUUUCACUGAUAGCCUGUCAAAAAAGAAGAAAACUUUUGUACUAAUUCCAAGGAUGAGGCAAGAUUUGAUUUGAUCUGCACCUUUCAACCAAAACAGAAGCAGGCAUUGUUCACACCAGCGUCAGUGAAUUUUAUAGUUUCGAAAUCCAUAUGAUCUGUAAAAGAGGAAAAACCAACAACAACAGCAACUACAACAACCAAUAGACGGAACCCGUAAAGUUAAAGCAGAAAAAUCGUGAAUAAAAAAAACUUUAAAAUUGAA